CUUUCGGCAGUCGUAAGCAAAGCCCACCCGCCGCACUGUACAACAUCAGUUCAUCUUAGACCGGCUUGAAAUCGGUGGCAGGAUUACCUUUGUGCAAUUAGGUCUCAGCGCGUCCUACAUUACCUCCUUACCAUCAAUCUGUUCUCGUCAAACUCUGGGACAAAAGUAUCUUCUGUCAAUCUUCUUUCGCUAUGAGUACUACCACGGAAUCUACUACUACAUCUAAUCACCCCUCCUCCGACGACCGCAAGCAGAGUCCGCCCGCCUUUCUGGAUCUGGCCGACUCCGCUGCGAGAUACGGCAAUCCCGCUGGCGAUGUUCGUAUACUCAAGAAGAUUGAGCAUGAACGCCAGCGCGCUCUCCAGCGUAGGCUCUUCGAAGACCAAAUGCGCGCUUUGGAGGCACAGCAGGCCCGGGAACUUCUCACCAUCGACUCUGGUGCCAACCUCCAGCACCUUGCAGCAUCGGCGCCGACCACCCCACCACGCGUGAACGCGAUGCUCAGCAGCGAGUACUCGCCUGGCCUGCAUCCCGGCUUUGCUCACCCCUCCGUCGAUGCUGAGUCUCUCUCGAAGGCAGUUGGCUCUGCCGCCGACAAGCGCAAGUCUGUCACGUAUGCUCCCUCUGUGGCACACUCGCCCGAAACCCAGAGCAACGGUCUGCAGAGCUUUGCUCGUCCCGGAGGCGCCAAGAGUAUGCCCGCCAGCCGCCGGACAUCUGCUAGCGAACACGACGAGGAACUUGCGGGUCACCUUGACAAGCUCUCGCUUGCCGGCGAGCGAUCCUCUCCCUCCCAGGGUACUGCUCCACAGUCUAUCCUUCGUUCCAGCAGCGGCCGCUACGCUGGUGAGAGCGCAGGCUAUACCUACAACGCGGGCAUGAUGCUUGAUGAACAGAUUGACCAAGAGAUGCACAACGCCAUGCGCCAUCUCCCGACCUCGGACGAGGAUAAAUACGUAAACGGAUAUGGCAACAAGAUGUCCGCGUCCUCCGCCGCUGCUCUUGACCUGGCCGCCGUCCAGAAUCGUGGGUCCUAUAUUGGCCAGAACAAGUCCUCCGAGUGGCUACAGUUUAAUGGCAGCAGUCCCCGUCCCAUUCCCGAUCGUGUCUCGUCCCGCAACGAGUCCCGUCGUGUCGUGACGAACCCGACAAUUGCGUUGUCUCCGGGCCUUGGUGACUUGCCCAAGGGUACUGUCUCAGGACACCACACGCCCCUCAUUCAACAAAUACCGCAGGGUUUAGUCCAGGGCUUGUCCUCGCGCCGUGGCUCUCCUCUGGCUUUACCAGAUGGCAUUAUUGGCGGUAUCACCGCCGCACGUUCUGUGCCGAACACUCCGCUUCCCGGCGCGGGGCCGAAUGGCAUUCUCAGCAAGGGCCUGGGCACGCCACUCUCCGCCGAGCCCCCAAACGUCAACGGCUUGCUUACCGCUCAGGGUUCAAGCCCCGUGGAACUACAUCCCUCGCUUUCGCGUCUGCCCUCGAGCCAGUACGAAUCAGGUGCUCUUGGCUACAACACUAUGCAACCAAGUAUGGACGAUUCGCUCCAGGUUACGUACGACAUGAACGUCAAUGCCACGCUCGACAAUAGCCGCUACAGCGACUAUGAUUACGACAGUGACAGCAGGCUUCCACAUGCCAAUGGCGGCGCGGGUUCCACGGCAUUGUACCAUCACAACGGUACAAAGUACGGCCUCGGCAUCAACGGGCGGCAGAACGGUGACGGUAAGAUGAACGGCUUACAUGGGCCUAAACAUAAGCGUGGGGACGUUGACCGCGAGUUCAACCGCUUUGCUGGCAUGCGUCUUGAGGAUCUUCAGGGCGAGAUUCCAUCCCUCUGCAAAGAUCAACACGGUUGCCGAUAUCUCCAGAAGAAGCUCGAGGAGGGUGUGCCUGAGCAUCGAGACAUGAUUUUCAGGGAGACUUUUGGCCACUUCCCUGAGCUUAUGACCGAUCCGUUCGGUAACUACCUCUGCCAGAAGCUGUUGGAGUAUUGCACGGAUGAGCAGCGUAACCUCAUUUGCGAGUCCGUCGCCCAGGACCUUGUCAACAUCUCGCUCAACAUGCACGGCACGCGCGCUGUACAGAAGAUGAUUGACUUCCUCUCCACCCGCCGGCAAAUCCAUUCCAUCAUCGUUGCGCUCAGUCUGCACGUUGUCGUGCUCAUCAAGGACUUGAACGGCAACCACGUCAUCCAGAAGUGUCUCAACAAGCUUGCGCCCGAGGACAACCAGUUCAUCUACAAUGCCGUUGCCGCUAACUGUGUCGAAGUCGCGACCCACCGUCACGGCUGUUGCGUCCUCCAGCGCUGCGUCGAUCAUGCCUCCGAGCCGCAGCGCAUCCAACUCGUGAACGAGAUUACAUACAACGCGUUGACACUCGUCCAGGAUCCCUACGGUAACUAUGUCGUGCAGUAUAUCCUCGACCUUAACGACAACCGCUUCUCCGACGCCGUCAUCCGCCAAUUCACCGGCAAUGUUUGCGCACUCUCUGUCCAGAAGUUCAGCUCGAAUGUCAUCGAGAAGUGCGUCCGAGUCGCCGAGCAUAGCACCCGCAAAAUGCUCAUUGGCGAGUUGCUUAAUCGCACUCGUCUCGAGAAGCUGCUCCGUGACUCCUACGGUAACUACUGUGUUCAGACCGCUCUAGAUUACGCCGAGCCUACCCAACGGGCGCUCUUGGUCGAGGGCAUCCGACCUGUCCUUCCUCUCAUCCGUAACACCCCGUAUGGCAAGCGCAUCCAGAACAAGCUGCAGCGGGAGCAACUCGAUGGACCUGGUUUCGGCGGCAGCCAUUAUGGCCAGCAGUCGGUCGCGAACCUCGCUCUUCGCAACCCGAACCUCAACAUGGGAGGAAUGCAGGGCGGCCAUCUGAAUGACAGCUACGGCAGCCCUUACGGCCUCCAGGGUGGGAUGCAGGGGCAGGGCUCACUCUCGCAGAGCCACCUGCAGAUGCAACCGCAUUCUAUCGAUAGCUACGUCCUCCAAAAUGGUUCGAGUCACAACAGCCCAGGCAUGACGCCGCCGCACACCCACGCUGGCUUUUCCGCCGCGACGACGUAUGGCAACGCGUUCCCCACCAUGACCGUCAAUGACGCGUAUCAGCGUGGCUACGGUUACGGCAUGUAAAAUAUGCUCCAUUUUGCUCUGUUCCUCUAGACAGCCCUUCCGUGGCUUUCUCUUCACUUCUCGCAGUAGGUCGUACUCUAAUCAAACCCCCCACUAACCAUUCCGGCUCGCCGGAACCGAUACCUAUGGCUCAUGCUCUCCUUCGGGCUAUGACUUUCCUUUAUCUGCACUGCCAUCGGGAUUUGCCAUUCUACUAUACUACCAUCAACACCGCAUUGUAUUAUGCACGCAUCCGCACUCGCUUUUCUUUGCUUUGACGUCUGGUUCCUGACACUUAUACAACACCACGCUUCUUGCUUGGCAUCUCCAUCCCUGUACAGCGUAC